GAAGCCAAAUUUAUUUGCACUUAAAUAUUCUGCUUGAUUUUUUCCUUUUUUUUUCUUUUGUAAUUAUUCAGUUGGCAACGGUGCUCGAUAAAAGACUGCUGGCGCUGAAUUCGAUGCAGUUGACGUUUAAAAAUCUGGCAAGAAUAUUAUGCAACAGUGCAGCGACUACCCCUGAAGCUCUUUGAUUGGUCAGCCGAUGUAAAUGACAGAUGCUAUAGCACACCGACCAGACGCCAGAUACUGCACACGACACAGGACGAACGAUAUAAAAGACACGACAUUAACGACACAGACGCAACACGUAGGGACAGUGCACUGGUGAUGCAACAAAGCGAGCAGAGUUGGCGAACGUCAAACAUUUCCUCAAACAUUAGACACAUCAGCCGCGCCGGAAUUGAGAUAACUUUUGGAAAAACAGAUAGGAAAAUAACUUCCUGGAGAAAUUGUCAUUGAAGACUUUGACGACAUUCUUCCACACGUUGGCAGUUUCGGUCCGUUCCAGAAGAGGAUUCUCCUGCUUUCUCUACCAGUCAACUAUUUCCUGGCCGUCGUCUACAUGGCUCAGAUUUACCAGACUCUGACGCCGGUUCACUGGUGUUCCGUACCUGAACUGAGCCACCUGGAGCCGUCGGAGCGUCGCAAUUUGUCCAUUCCGCUGGAGACACGUGACGGUGAGCUGGUCUACAGCAGAUGUCGCAUGUUUGAUGUCAACUUUACUCAAGAAGCGAUGGGGGACGUGACACGAGGGCGCAAUUUCUCCUGGCCAACCAAGCCGUGCUCGGCCGUCGACGGAUGGGAUUACGACUUGAGUGGUGGAAUGUACCACACCAUCGUCUCCGAGAGUAAUUGGGUUUGUGAAGACGAUUGGCGAGCCAAUUUCGCCCAGGCCAUGUUUUUUGCCGGCGCCAUCGUCGGCAGUCUCCUCUUUGGUCUAUUGGCAGACUGGUACGGCCGGCUUCCCGUCCUGGUUCUGAGUAACGUGCUAGCCUGCGGAGCGGGCGUGGCCACCGGAUUUUGCCGGGGAUUCAUCGAUUUCGUCGUCUGCCGCUUCCUCGUCGGUAUGGCCUACGAUCUGCAUUUCAUGAUGAUGUACAUAAUCCUGAUGGAGUACGUCGGCCCGGAGAAGAGGACGUUAGUGGGGAACAUUCCGUUGGCCACCUUCUUGACUCUGGGCGCCGGAAGCCUUCCGUGGAUCGCUUACGCCCUGGCGGAUUGGCGUCUCUUCUCCAUCGUCACAUCGGCACCGAUUGGUGCUAUCGUGGCCGCUUGGUGGUUGGUUUCCGAAUCUGUUCGUUGGCUCAUCGUCAAGGGAAAAUCUGAAGAGACGAUGGAAAUACUCCGCAAAUGCGCCCGUGUCAACAACAAGACGGUUGAUCCGUCCAUUUACGAGGAAUUUCAGGCAGCCACCAAGAGGACUUACCAGCUGGAAAUGGACAAUUCCACCAAUUGGAUGGAUCUCUUCCGCACUUCGAAAAUGCGCCUACGCUUUCUCAUCAUUAAUCUAACUUGGAUGGUCCUUACGGUCGUGUAUGACGGCUACGUCCGCUCCCUGGCCAUUUUACCUUACAGCGUUUUCAUCACCAACAGUGUGGCCGGCGCCCUGGAAUUGCCGGCUGAUCUGGUGCCGGUCGUCACGCUCGAUCGACUGGGCAGAAGAUGGACCCUUAUGAUGGCGAUGGGCUUGGCCGGAGUAGCCGGCAUAGCCACCGGACUCGUCCCCCAGAGUUCGGCCAUGUUGAUAACGGUGCUGGCCAUGGCCAGUCGCUUCUUCACCACCACUGCUAUAAACUCGGGCCUCCAGUACACGGUCGAGCUCAUUCCGACCCAGUUGCGCGGACAAGGCACUGGCGUCAUCCACAUCACUGGGCAUGGCGCCACAUUCUUCGCUCCCUUCAUUCUCUAUCUGAGCAACUACAAUAAGACCUUGCCCUACAUCGUCCUGGGCUCUUUGUCUGUUUUUGGCGGACUCCUCUGCCUCCUUCUUCCCGAGACGGCCGACCAGAAUCUGCCCGAAACGGUGGCCGAUGCCGAACAUUUCGGAGCCGAUCAAUCCUUCUUCCAAAUGCCCUGCCUUUCCAAGCGGUGGGAGCGUCAACAAAGGUUGAACGACGCCAAGGACGCCGAUGUCACAAUAAGUUCACCCUCGUUCGAAGACGCCCUGGGCGGUGGGACCGCCAGACCCGCUCGUCAAUACGUCAAGGACCUAUCAGAUCCAGCGUUCACGGGAAUCGGGAGCGCCGAACUCAACCGGCAACAACAUCAACAACAGCAAACGGUUCCCCAUAGACUGGAGCAUCUGCCGACUGAUGGAUGGCACAACAAAGCUUUCGUUUCGAGCGAUCCUUCUUUGGACAAACAUCAAACCUCUCGAUUGUGACUCCUCCUGUGAUUCUUAGAUUCUGAAAGGAACCGUCUGAGAUCUUUUUAUUCUUUUUUCUUUUUCCCUUUUUUUUCUUUACUUUAAAAAAUUUAACGUCCGCCAUUUUUUCAUCUCGGCAUCCAUUUCUACUGCCAGUUCUUCCGAAAUGAAAUAAAUUUUUCUAAAAUUAUUCUAUGAAUUAAGGCGAUAAGAAAGAAACUACUAGCCAAAAUAAAAGAAAAAAAAUCAUUUCAAAAUCUAAAUAAUUAAAAAAAUGAUUUGUAAAGUAAAUCUGAGGAUAACAACAGCACCACUGAUAUUGAUGCAACACAAAUUGUUUCUUCUGAAAAUGUUGAACAUGAAGAUUCCAAUA